UUCGAGUGCUGCCACGUGCGGCCCUAUCAGCUAAUUCUCGUCACUUGCCUAUUUUAUCUUGACACACGGCUUUUUUGUCCUCUCUUCCUCUCUGGCCACCACUUGAUUUCUCCAGCGACCAGCUACCAACAGAUCACAUUCUCCACCACAAUCCCAAUUCCCCACCACAACAUCCUUCUCACAUUACUUCCAACCAAGCCUCCAUACACAUCCUUCCUCCUCAUCUCCUCCAAUUCAAUCCCCUACAAUGGCUACAAUGAUGGUCGUCGAGGGCUUGCCGAUGAGCGGCGAACACAGGUGGUACAAGCCCACCUUCAUCCACUCCGGGGGUCUCACCUUCAGAGAAACCCUCACCGACGAAGAGCGCCGACAAAGCGAAGAGGUGCUGGCCUUGCAGGACCAACACUCCAUGGCGCGAAGGUUCAUGGAGGGCACUUGGGACGGGCUAUGCCCACUGUAUACUUUCCGCAUCGAAGCGCGAGUCCGCAAAUGCGAGCACGGCGGCGACUACGACCGCCAUGUCACCGUCGAACUCCGCUUCGUCAGCGACCAGAACCGCAAGCUGGGCACCCUGGGCACCAGCCACUGCUACACCAACGGCCGCGAGACCAGGCGCUUCGGAAACUGGCAUUUCUCCCGCGAGGCCGGCGAGAUUGGCGAGGAAGGCUUCGUCCUGGGACCCCGACCCACGCCCACGCAGGACAUGCCACAAAUCCCAGUCUACCACCCCGAGAUGGACGCGCCGCUUCUGCGGACGGCCGAGGACUGGAUCGCAAUUGCGCUGGAGAUGCGGAGUGUUUCCGGCGGCCGGUUCCUGAGGGUCGGAAAGGUUAGUACGCCGCCUUCUUCUCCUCCUCCUUCUCCGCUUCCCGAGGCCGCCAACCCCGAGGAAGCCCAGCAGUGAAGCUGGUUAAAGAUCACGGCUAGGAGUCAACCUAGGAUAAAAAAAUCAGUCCUGAGAUUUAUGCUCAAACCGCCACGUGGUUCAGGAUGGGAACUCCUUUGGCUGUCUCUGCUGAGACGCGCCAAAGGUGCUGAUAUGGGCUGUUUUUAUAUAGUCGCUCCAUUUUUGAUUCUUGGGAAGUUAUAUACCUUUUCAUUGAUGGGUUGGGCUGUGUGAGCAGGGGAUCGGUUGCUAUUAUAUAUUUCAAGAUAUGUGAAGAGAGAAGCACAUGAGGGAUCACCUGAGCAAUCGGUAAACAACAGUGACCAUCCACGGGCUUCAAUCGU